AUGAUCGAAUCGAGCUAUCUCGCCAAGAAACGUCUUGUCCGCAACCCAAGUCCGAAACUCCUUGUUAUUAGGUCGGAGCUAUCUAGUGAUGGCUGUUCAAGAAACACUUUUUUGGAGACCAUUUCGACAGAUGGUCACGAAGACCACAGCAAAAUCUUUAUUUGUUCUUACGACUUUUCACCAUAUCCGUAUAGUGAAUACCAUUCCAAUAAUAUUGGUCAGAUUACGGGUUACUGCGACGGUCUAGUCUGCAUCUACCAAUCUGAGAACAUUUAUAUAUUAAACCCCACGACAAGAAAACUCAGAGUACUUUCUCGUGAGUUCUUGCGAAAGUGUUCAUGCCUACCAGGUAUGCUACCAAUUAAUGUGGGAUUUGGGAGAGACAUCGUUACAGGAUCAUACAAAAUAGUUUUGAUGCGUGUCUACGACUAUAUCGGUGGCAAUACUCGUGUCAAGACUGAAGUCUUUAACCUCAAAGAUGGCGAACAAAGCUGCAUCAGUUUCCCUAUUCAUUACAAUGAGCUUAACGUCGAUAAAGCAUCCAUCUUUGCAAAUGGAUCGCUUUAUUGGCUGAAUUUACGCAAGCAAAAGAUUGCGGCCUUGGAUCUUCACACAGAAAUGUUUUCUGAGGUGUUGCCGCCAAGUUGGUCAAGUGGUGUGUACUUAUGGAGUCUAAAAGAUCGUUUAUGUCUAUCUAAUGUGUUACAAUAUCCGGAUGUGGACGUAUGGGGUUUGCAGCAAGAAGGUCCCAAUGUGAUGAAGUGGGAAAAGAUUCUUUCAGUUACUAUUUUGAGUAUGAAUGAUUUAGAUGCAAACUUUUGGAAACUUGGUCUUGCUGCUUGUUAUUAUAGGCCUAUAGGUCAAAAACCAUCUAAAAACUUUUUAGAGCAAGUCCCUGUAGAUCAAUGUAGAACUGCAUUGUGUAUGGAGGACUUGGCUUCUUCGGUCUAG